GCAUCAGGAAGUUCGCUCCCACGGGAUCCAGGUCCGAGCCUGCGGCACGUGUCGCCGGGUUGAACCCACACAGACCCGAAUCACAGAGUCCGGCUGCAGGUCCAGCUGGCCGGUGCGCUGGAACGGCCCGGUUCCGGUUCCUGUUCCACGUGCAGACACAGCGCCCAGCGGAGAGACCCAGACGGGUUCCGGAAUUCAGGACGUGUCCGUCCGGUUUUUUCGGGAUCUGUUUGAGCCGAAUCGAAGAGGAAGCGAUCAGAACUGUGAAAAAGGAUGUCUGAGGAGGUCCCAGCAGAGGGGGGGCAGCCCCAGACCCGGUCCCAGACCCAGUCCCAGACCCCGUCCUCCCAGUCUCAGUCCCAGUCCACUCUGUCCCCUUCUCAGUCCAAGUCCCAGUCUCAGUCCGGCUCCGGAUCAUCCAGCGGGCCGACCUCCGGCAGCCAGUCGUCCAGUGGCUCCGGUUCCGGGACUCUGAGUAGCGUGGACACGCUCCCGGUCCCGAUGCCGUCCGUCCCCGAGGAGGAAGAGCUGCAGCCGUGGGGCCGCCUGCUGCCCAUGGCGCCCGGGUUCAGGAGCCACGACUGUCUGGAGGAGCAGUACCUGUUCGGGAGAGGCUCUCAGUGUAACUAUGUUCUUGAAGAUCCUGAAGAUAAAAAUUCCGAAAAGUUCCGAAUCUACAGCAAGAAACACUUCAGGAUCUACAAAGAGGGGACGGAGGUCUUCGUCGAGGACCACAGCAAUAACGGAACCUUUGUUGACGGCAUUCUUGUCGGCAAAGAUAAAAAACUUCCUUUGGUCAACAACGCUGUUCUUUCUCUGGCCGAACAACGGAACCGAGUGUUUGUCUUUAUCGACCUGCGCUCAGAUGAUCAAUCGAGCCUUCCAAAAGACCUGCAGGAGAAAUACGUCCUGACUCGACAGAUCGGAACCGGAGUGUGUGGUGAGGUGCGUCUGGCCUUCGAGCGUGCUACGUGUGCGAAGUUUGCGGUGAAAAUCAUCAAGAAGAAGAAUUUCCAUUCUGAAGGGACGGCGACUCGGAACGCACAGACGGAGAUUGAGAUCCUGCAGAGAGUGGACCAUCCUUGCCUCAUAAAGACGCUGGACUUCUACCAGACCGACGACAGUUUUUACAUCGUUUUGGAACUGAUGGAGGGCGGGGAGCUGUUCCAGAGAGUGAAGACUCAGCAGCAGCUGAAGGAGGACGUCGCCAAACUUUACUUCUAUCAGAUGCUGCUGGCCGUGCAGUACCUCCACAGUAACGGGAUCAUCCACAGAGACCUGAAGCCAGAGAACAUCCUGCUGUCGUCGCAUGAGGACGUCUGUCUGAUCAAGGUGACAGACUUUAACCAGUCCAGGAUUCUGGAGGAGUCUGUCCUCAUGAGGACACUGUGUGGGACUCCGUCCUAUCUGGCUCCGGAGGUCUUCACCCACGGCUCCACCAGCGGGUACGGCCUGUCGGUGGACGCCUGGAGCCUGGGGGUGCUGCUGUUCGUCUGUUUGGGAGGUUAUCCUCCGUUUCACGAGAGCUUCGGUCAGUCCACCACAGACCAGAUCGUCAGAGGACAGUUCACCAUGGUCCCGUCCAAGUGGAGACACGUCUCAGACCAAGCCAAGGACGUGGUGAGGAAGUUGCUGGUCGUGGAUCCGACUCGCCGGAUGAGCAUCCAGGAAGCGCUGGACCACCCGUGGCUGCAGGACCAGGAAAUGCGGCAGACAGCUCACAGUCUCAUGUUUCCAAAUGCAGCCAGUCCGAGCGUCGCCAUGGAACCAGGAAGCUCCAGGAAGCGAGGACGAGACCAGGACGAUGAAGACGACGUCCGUCCUGCUAAACGGAGCUAAGCCCCGCCCCCACAGCGCUGGACCAAUGAGGUGGCUUCCCCAGGUCACAUGUUCACUACUGAAACUGUAAUUAAAGUUUAUUUUCUAAUAAAUCUUUUAUAUUUUC